AUGUACAAAAUUGAGGCACAUGAAGUCACGGGGUUUCUGAGUUUAGUGCUCUAUCUUUCGUUUCAGCGUCUAUGCAUCACCAUCAGACACGCAGACUUUUGGUUCUGGGAGAACGAUGCACCCCUCCGGUUUGAAUCGCAAUGGAUACCGCGUCUUUGCGCCGUGUUGCCCUCGGCGGUGCGUGAGGUCGUUAUUGAGAUGGAAACGGUCAGCCGCAAGGCCGCGCAGCUAGACGAAAUAGCGAAGCAAAUGGCGCAGAAUUGGCACUUUCGAAUCAGGGACGGGGAGCGCUUGUUCGCCGACUCAACGCCGAAUGGCCACGAAGUGAGUCGCUGGCGUGGCUCCUCCUCGUGGCACAAUCAGAGAUGGAUCAGGAAUGAGAUCAGCGACGGAAUCAUCGAGUACUAUGUCGGUGCCGUACGAUUUCAGCCAAGGCAUGCAAUUGAGAAAGCCGGUGGGAAAGUCAGUGACGAGGCUCUGCAGGCUGCCGCGUCAGAAACUUUUAUGGUGCCCGAAAAGCUGCAUCUCCCGGAUGCGGAGCCCAUGCAGUGCGUUCAAGCGUAUGUCCCAACGGAUACAGAGGACCUUUCCGCCGUCGUCACCUCCGCCGCAGAAGAAGACGCCACAGCUAGGAACAUGGCUUGA